CAUUCACACAAGUCACAACUACAAAGUCGUUUUAAAGUUCCAUCCUUUUCUUUCUCUUCUUCUUUAGUUUGUCAAAAAAACAGUUAUGGCGGAGAUCUCGGGAAACGGCCAUGGUGGUGGCGAUGCUAGAGAAGGAGCUGUGGUGGUCAAUCUCAAGGAAGAAGAUGCUAUUCAUAAUCCUAAUCAUCCCAUCAAGAAACAAGACUCUCUUCUCUCCUUCUCUGUCCCUUUCUUACAAAAGUUGAUGGCGGAGGUUCUUGGAACGUACUUCUUGAUAUUCGCCGGUUGUGCAGCGGUCGCUGUAAACACACAACACGACAAAGCAGUGACUCUUGUAGGGAUAGCCAUCGUUUGGGGACUCACCGUCAUGGUCCUCGUUUACUCUCUUGGUCACAUCUCCGGUGCUCAUUUCAAUCCGGCCGUCACAGUCGCCUUCGCCUCUUGCGGUCGUUUCCCUCUCAAACAGGUUCCGGCUUACGUGAUAUCACAAGUGAUAGGGUCGACACUCGCGGCAGCGACAUUACGGCUCUUGUUCGGACUUGAUCAAGACGUUUGUAGCGGGAAACACGAUGUGUUCGUUGGAACAUUACCGUCGGGAACGAAUUGGCAGUCGUUUGUCAUAGAGUUUAUCAUCACUUUCUACCUAAUGUUCGUCAUUUCCGGCGUCGCCACCGACAAUAGAGCGAUCGGGGAACUUGCCGGGCUAGCAGUAGGAUCAACGGUGCUACUUAACGUGAUUAUUGCCGGACCGGUAUCAGGAGCAUCGAUGAAUCCAGGAAGAAGUUUGGGGCCGGCAAUGGUGUACGGUUGCUACAGAGGAAUAUGGAUCUACAUAGUCUCACCAAUACUUGGUGCAGUUUCGGGUGCGUGGGUUUAUAACACGGUUAGAUAUACAGAUAAACCAUUACGAGAAAUAACCAAAAGCGGUUCGUUUUUAAAGACCGUGCGAAACGGUAGCUCUCGUUAAACGAAGAGAAGAACAUGGCUACGUUUAAGAUUGUAGUCAUCGGAGUCUAAGUUGUAUCACUUAGAAGUAAUAAUAAUUUGAGUGUUUUGUUAUGAAAUGUUUUUUAAAAAUGAAGUCACCUUAGAAAGGGUAGACAUUUUAUGGUAUGUAUCAAUGUAUGUGACGAAUAUAUAUAUAUAACUGAUCUGUAACGAGUUUGACCAGACCUACUCUCGCGUAGUGUAUAUGGUUUGUAUUAAAUGCUAUAUUUAUGGA